CCUCCCCACUCUUCUAGUUUCUCUAAACCAGUGACUUCAUUGAGAUCAUCCAUCACUCAUUAUUAGCUUGGUAAGAGAGAAGAGUAAGCUAGAAGCCUCUCUCUCUCUCUCUCUCUCUAUAUAUAUAUAUAUUUAUAUUUAUAUAGAAUAAGAAGAGUGGUGAUCAUUUGAUUAAAAGGAUUAUUACAAUGCUGGAAGGGAAGGCAGUGAUUGGUGAGACAGACAUGCUGCAGACCAUGCAGCAGAAUGCUGUGAAGCUUGCCAGCAGAGCUCUUGAUGAGUUUGACGUUACUGAUUCCACUGAAAUAGCGCGCUUCAUUAAGAAGGAGUUUGAUAGGUUAUAUGGGCCAGGAUGGCAGUGUAUUGUGGGAAGAGACUUUGGCUCGUUUGUGACGCAUUGUAGAGGUUGUUUCAUCCACUUUUCAGUCGGUGGUAGCCUCGCUAUCUUGCUCUUCAAAGGCGCUGCAACGGCUGAGCCUGAAUCUUCUGGCCUUCUCAUUCCAGUUGAAUCCAUGUAGCCAUGAACCAUGACGAACUAGUACUGCAUCUGCAUGCCAUAUACAUAUACAUAUAUAUAUAUAUAUAUAUAUAUCGGCUUUUCUUUAUUUAUUUUUCCUUUCUGAACUUUAAUUUUUCUUUUAUAAAACCAUCGACUUACUUUCAGAAAGAGAUAGAGAGAAACUCUACUCAGUAAUCUCAUCACUUGUAAAUUUUAUGGCUCUGAACUUUGUCUGCUAGUCAUUGAUCUGCAACUUUUUCAA